AGAGUGAAUCACUGUAAGUCUCUCUGUGAGAUUCAUUUCUAUCAGAAGUCUGAGAAUCUUAUAUUUCUCAAGACUAUCUUCACACAUCUUGUUCAUGAAAUUGAUGAGAGAAAUCAUCAAUUUCAGUGUUCUAUUCUUGAUAUCAUUCAAGUGAUAGCAGAGUUCACCCUGAUCACACUUUUUAAGUAUGAUGUUAAGAUAAUGACUUAUUACAGUUAUAUUACUCUCACUGUGAGAGAUACACAGUUAGUAAUAAACAUUGUAAAGACUCUGAGAA